CACGAGUGUCGUGAGUCAUCAAUCCAUGCGUCGCUGGAAUGUGACGUCACCCGGUAAAUAUGGCGGAGCCCAGUGAGUUUAUGAACGUGAGGCGACGAUUCAAGACAAACAUAGAAGAAGAUGUGGACGAACAGGGUUCUGCUCCUGACGAGGCUGUGGAUGUGAAAGCAUCUUCUCGGAUCAACCGUCACUCAGUCUUCUGGAUCCUGGCUUCUCUCGCUCUCACCUACUAUCUGGAUUUCUUCUCUGUUCUUCUGAACCACAGUGACAUUCACAGCUGGUGGCUGUGUGUGGCUCUGCUGCUGCUGGCUGUGUGUGUGUGUCUGGCGUUGUUCUGUAUGCUGUAUCUGGAGUGGUUCAGAGGAAUAAAGCAGUAUGAUCAGGAGUAUCCAGCCGUCCCUGCCCUCACCACCGCCGCCUUCAUCGCUGCCUCCUGCAGUCUGAACAUCGCUCUGUGGCCCGUCUGGUCCUUCUUCACGCCGGUGAUUCUGUUCACUCAGUUCAUGGGUGUAGUGAUGCUGAUCUCACUGCUGGGCUGAGACACAGAGAGAGGGCAGCUGAUCGACCUCUGACCUCUGCGUGAGGACUGGCUUUAAUGAACAAUGAGUCUCGGAUCUAAAGCUGCUCAUACUUUCCUGAACAUCAGCCUGAUGGAGGUGAACUAGAGGUUUUCUUUGAGGUCCUGUAGACUGCUGAUUGCAGAUUGCUUUAUCUUCCAAACACUGUUUUAAACAGUUCCCUUGGCACUUGUGUUGAACUCCUGUUUUAAUGUUUGUCUGUAACUAACAAAUGCAUGAACUGAUGAAAUAAAGGAUGUUUGUAUUACA